AUGUCAGCAUUCACUGCACGUAGCGGAAAUGACAGCGAUAUCCUUGGUAGUCCUGCUUUCCCAAAGAGUUCAGCACCGAAUGUCCUCACCCACAGUAGCAGACUAAAGCUGCAUUUGAAGUCAGAUAUAUCAGAAUGUGAAAAUGAUGAUUCCUUAUUGAGAUCUGCAAGUAAAAUCAGAGACAUAAAUAGUACUUAUGUUAUUUCUGCCUGUGAAAAAGCAGGAGCUAAGCCCCUUAGCCCUAACCCUGCAAGUAGAUUGACACUUCAGAGAAGAGUUACAAGGAACAAGGAAGCAUCUUUGCUUGGUAUUGAGUUGGGAGACUCAACUGAAAAAACAGCAGAAACACGUCUUACAUUACAAUGUCGUGCUAAAACAGAGUCUGUGGAAAAGUGGAAAACAACACAGAAUGUGGGAGGUGAAACAGAAAAUAAUUGUGCUUCACGGGAACCUUGUACAAAUGUAAAGAUUGUAAAUAAUGAUAAAAUCUCUUCUAUUGCGUCUUCUGUACCUUUAGCUGAAGACCCCAAAGACAUUGAAAUGAUGGCUGAUGAAAAAUACAAAGAAACGUCUUCUGCCCUCAGUGGGGCAAAUGAAGAUGCUGCACUUAAGUACUUAAGUAACAGAGCACCCACUGGUUCCCAGAGUCAGAUUGUCAUUAGAUCUGGACCUGUGGCUGCAAAACCUCUUCAGAACAAGUUGGAUACCAAAGUGUCAGGAACAGGAAACUUACACCAUAGAAGUACUGGGAAGGGUAUUGCAAAAAGUUCAAAUAAAUUUGAAAGCUUAGAAAGAAGAACACCUACAAAAUGUAUUACAGAACACAGAUUGACGCCAAGGUGUGGCACACCUCAGUUUAAGAGCCCAGCUGCGUCAAUACUGAAAAAUCGGACACCUAGCCUUCAAGUUAAACAAAAACCAAAAAGUUCUCUUCUUGCAAACAAAAGGGAAAGGUCACAAGAAAAGACACUCCCUCCUGAAGAAGAAACUUCAGUUCAGAACACCUCUCCAGAGACAGACCCCUUAAAAGUAGAGAACAGUCAAGUGACGGUGGCAGUUCGUGUCAGGCCUUUCAGCCAGAGAGAGAAGAUUGAAAAAGCAUCCCAGGUGGUCUUCUUGAAUGGGGAAGAAAUAGCCGUGGAGCAUCCUGACAUGAAACAAGUUUAUACCUUUAGACAUGAUGUUUCAUUCUGGUCUUUUGAUGAAUGUCAUCCUAACUACGCCAGCCAGACGACUGUCUACGAGACCCUGGCAGCCCCGCUCCUGCAGCGGGCUUUUGAAGGCUACAAUGCCUGUCUCUUCGCCUAUGGUCAGACUGGCUCUGGGAAAUCAUACACGAUGAUGGGAUUUAGUGAAGAACCAGGAAUAAUUCCAAGAUUUUGUGAAGAUCUUUUUGCUCAAGUAGCUAAAAAACAAACCCAAGAGAUCAGCUAUCAUCUUGAGAUGAGCUUCUUUGAAGUAUAUAAUGAAAAAAUUCAUGACCUUUUGGUUUGUAAAGGUGAAAACGGGCAGAGAAAGCAACCACUGAGAGUGAGGGAGCAUCCUGUCUCGGGACCGUAUGUCGAGGCUCUGUCACUGAAUGUUGUCAGUUCUUACUCUGAUGUCCAGAGUUGGCUGGAAUUGGGGUAUAAACAGAGAGCAACCGCUGCUACUGGUAUGAACGACAAAAGCUCCCGGUCCCAUUCUGUGUUGACUCUGGUGAUGACCCAGACCAAGACAGAAUUUGUGGAAGGAGAAGAACAUGAUCACAGAGUGACGAGCCGCAUAAACCUGGUCGACCUGGCUGGCAGUGAGCGAUGCUCCCUCGAGCACACGUGUGGAGAGCGGCUGAAGGAAGGUGUGAGCAUUAACAAGUCCUUGCUAACUCUGGGAAAGGUGAUAUCUGCCCUCUCGGAACAGGCAAACCGGAAGAGUGUCUUCAUUCCCUAUCGAGAAUCUGUGCUUACGUGGCUGUUAAAAGAAAGUCUGGGUGGAAACUCUAAAACUGCAAUGAUCGCCACGAUCAGUCCCGCUGCCAGCAACAUCGAGGAAACAUUGAGCACCCUUAGAUACGCCAACAAGGCCCGCAUGAUAGUCAACGUUGCCAGAGUAAACGAAGAUGUGAAUGCUAAGUUAAUUAGAGAAUUGAAGGCAGAAAUUGAAAAGCUAAAAGCUGCUCAAAGAAACAGUCGGAAUAUUGACCCUGAACAGUAUAGGCUCUGUCGGCAAGAAAUAACAUCCUUAAGAAUGAAACUGUAUCAGCAGGAGAGACACAUGGCAGAAAUGCAAAGAUUAUGGAGAGAGAAACUUAAACAAGCUGAAAAAAGAAAACUUCAAGAAACAGAAGAGUUACAGAAAGCAGGAAUUACAUUUCAAAUGGACAACCAUUUGCCAAACCUCGUCAAUCUCAAUGAAGAUCCUCAGCUAUCAGAGAUGCUGUUAUAUAUGAUAAAAGAAGGCAUAACUACAGUUGGGAAACAUAAGCCAAACUCCAGCCAUGAUAUUCAGUUAUCUGGGGUGCUGGUUGCUGAUGAUCAUUGUACUAUCAAAAGUUUUGGUGGGACAGUGAGUAUUGUCCCAGUUGGGGAAGCAAAGACAUAUGUAAACGGAAAACGUAUUUUGGAACCCACAGUAUUACAUCAUGGUGAUCGGGUGAUUCUUGGUGGAGAUCAUUAUUUUAGAUUGAAUCAUCCAGUAGAAGUCCGGAAAGGAAAAAGACCAUCCAAUAGAGAUACUCUUACGAGCGAGGGUCCAAAAGACUUUGAAUUUGCAAAAAAUGAGUUGCUCAUGGCACAGAGAGCACAACUUGAAGAAGAAAUAAAAGAGGCACAGUUGAAAGCAAAGGAAGAAAUGAUGCAAGGAAUCCAAAUUGCCAAAGAAAUGGCUCAGCAAGAGCUUUCUUCUCAAAAAGCUGCGUAUGAAAGCAAAAUAAGAGCCCUGGAGGCAGAACUGAAAGAAGAGUCUCAAAGGAAGAAAUUGCAGGAAUUAAGUAACCAAAAGGCUAAUCACAAAAUUGAGGAGUUAGAAGAGGCAAAGCAGCGGCUUGAGCAGGAGAUAUGUGUCAACAAGAAGCGGUUAGAAAUGGAGACUUUGGCUACGAAACAGGCCUUAGAAGACCACAGCAUCCGCCAUGCAAGAAUUCUGGAAGCUUUAGAAACUGAGAAGCAAAAAAUUGCUAAAGAAGUACAAAUUCUACAGCAAAAUCAGAGUAAUAGGGACAAAACUUUUACAAUUCAACCAAAUUGGAGCUCCAUGAAACUCUCAAUGCUGAUUCAAGAGGCCAAUGCCAUCAGCAACAAAGUAAACAAGUGUUAUGUGUUUAGCAGACAUGAUCUAGCAGAUAAAGGAAGUCGUCCUGACACUUCUGUUCGCGUCCGUAACCUGCGACUAGGGGUCUCCACUUUCUGGAGUCUGGAAAAGUUUGAGUCUAAGCUUGCGGCAAUGAAAGAACUUGAUGAGGGUAACAGUAGUAACAAGAAUGAAGAUGUCUUUUGUGAUCCUGAAGAUGAAUGGGAACCUGACAUUAGAGAUGUGCCAGUUUCUUCAUUUUCUAGAAGGAGGAGCAGGAGUUUGAUGAAGAAUAGAAGAAUUUCUGGUUGUUUACAUGACAUACAAGCCCACUCAAUUCAGAAUUUGCAUUCUUCACAUUCAUCAGGCUUACUGGAGAAAUCAAGCACCAUUUACUCAAAUUCAGCAGAAUCCUUUCUUCCUGGAAUUUGCAAAGAAUUGAUUGGUUCAUCAUUAGAUUUUCUUGGACAGAGUUAUGAUGAAGAACAGACUAUGGCAGACAGCCUGCUUAAUAAUUUUCUUAAAAUUUAUAACGGGCUAUUUGCCAUUUCCAAAGCAUAUGAAGAACAAGAUGAAGAAAGUCAGUAUAACUUGUUCUCUUCAGAUCGAGCCACCCAGUCACUCACUAUCCAGGUAGCAGGUGCAUUUGAGCAGCUUGUGGUGCUGACGACACACUGGCUGAGUGAUUUUGUGCCCGGUGCCAGCACAGCCAGACUUGGCGAUGAAUUGAGACAAGAAGUCAAAAAACUCGGAGGCUACUUACAGUUAUUUUUGCAGGGAUGCUGUUCAGAUAUUUCAUCAAUGGUAAAAGAGGCUCAAGAGAAAGUAAUGCAGAUCGUACAACAAGCUGUAAAGUGUGUGGGACAGUUAGCGGUUCUUAAGGGGAGCCAGCUACACUUUCUGGAAAACAGUUACAGUAAGGCCGCCAGUGUCCAGGAGGAUUUCAUGGAUGCUAUUUGUGAUGGUGUGGUCUUAGGAAUGAAGAUUCUAUUAGACUCUGGACUAGAAAAAGCAAAAGAACUUCAACACGAAGUCUUAAGGCAGGGUACCCAAAAUGAGGCCACCGACCAGAUGAGAGCUAACGCCGCGGGAUUGAUUGGGUCUCUUGAAAACCUCUUUGCUGAAUGGAGAACAAAAACCUUCAGAACUCAAGUACAAGAAGAAAAUUCCAGAUACCAAGAUUUGAAGAAGAUGGUUAAUCUUGUCCCAGAAUUCUUGAAGUUAAAACACUGCUUAGAGCAGACUGUUCAAAUUAUUAUUUCUGCACUGAGAGGAUGCCGCAGUGACGUCCGUCUCCUCAGGAACGGUGUGGAAGGUCUUUGCAGCCUGGCCAGGGCUUUUCGUGAUGACUGCAGUCUGCGCUCUGCUUCUGUGGACGGCCCUGCGAGGAGAGCCCCUCAGGCUGACCACAGGGAACUGGAGUUGCUAGCCAGGUCCCUCCUCUCAUGUUUCGAAUCUGAAGAAAGACCUGCUUUGUUGAAACCCGGGGAAAUUUGUGAUCAGAAUACUAGAGCAGAAGGACAAGAACACUCGGAAUGCAGCAGGCCUGACUCGUGUAGGAAGAAAGGUGUGCCAAAGCGUGUCUACGUGCUCCACAGCGCGUCCCCAGCCGGGAGCUCAGAGGACAGCGCAGCCAGUAGGAUGCAGUGGGUGUGA